AUGCCGCCCUCGCUCGCCGCGUGGUUGCCAGGCUGGGCACCGACGUGGGCCAGCACCCCCGAUGCCGCCACCUCGGACGUCCACCUCCCCUUGUCGUCGUCGUUCCUCGCGUGGAUCCCUCGCUUCCUCCACCCGUUCCUCCGCUCCCUCCUCGUGCGCUCGCUCCGACUCGGGCCCCGACCACGCCACGUCGCCUUCAUCAUGGACGGCAACCGUCGCAGCGCACGCACCCGCAACCUCCCCGUCCGCGUCGGCCACGAGGAAGGCUUCGACGCCCUCAAGCGCGUCCUGUCGUUCCUCCUCAAACUCGACAUCCCGCACGUCACCGUCUACGCCUUCUCGAUCGAGAACUUCAACCGCGACCCGACAGAGGUCGACGCCUUGAUGGCCAUGGCCCGCACCCGCCUCGUCGAGAUCUGCCAGCACGGCGCCCUCCUCCAGCAGUACGGCAUCCAGAUUCGCGUCCUCGGCCGAAGAGACCUCUUGCCGCUCGACGUGCAGGACUCGUGCGCCAAGGCCGAGGAGAUGACCGCGAGCAACACCAGGGGUAUCCUCAACCUGUGCUGCCCGUACACGUCGCAGGAGGAGAUCGCGACGGCCGUCAAGCGGACCGUCGACUCGUGCGUGGCCGGCUCGCUCUCGAUCGACGACAUCACCGAGGACACGAUCGCCGCCAACCUGUACACGGCCGCGUCGCCGCCGCUCGACAUCCUUAUCCGCACCUCGGGCGUCUCGCGCCUGAGCGACUUUCUCCUGUGGCAGUCGAGCGAGCGCACGAUCCUCCACUUUAUCGAGCCCAACUGGCCCGACAUCGGCGUCGCCGACAUCCUCCCGCCGCUCCUUUCGUACCAGGCCGAGGUGUGGGUCGAGCGCGUCGCGCAGGCGGUCGCGAGGUGCGGUGCGUGGUGGAGCGGGAGCGGGAGGAGCAAGGUCGAGUAG